UCGGGCACUUAAAUUAAACAAAAAGUACUGCCUGUAAAUUUCCACCUCUUGCUUCAACCUCCUCCUCCUUUUCUAACUCCGACCCAAUCAACCAUGGCGAAGCGAACUCAUACGACGGAGCUGGGCAGCAUCGCCUGCGAGGAGCUCGGCGAGCUCGGCGCGGGAAAGGAAGGCUGGUUCGACAACCCCAACCUCCUCUGCGCCCUGGACACCCAGUCGCUCGCUCUCGCCAACCGCUCCGUUAUUGUGUUUCUCGGGUGGGCCGACUCCGACGGGACCCCCCUCAAAAUUCGACCCGAAUUGUCCCCGAUCGAGGCGGAGUUCGUCACGGCGGUGGAGUGGUUGGUGUUUGACGAGGUAAGGGUGGUUGUGGCCGGGACUUCGUCUGGGUAUCUCCUAUUUUUCUCUUUGGAUGGAGAUUUGAUUCAUAAGCAGAUGGUAUAUCCCGAGCGGAUUAUAAGGUUGAGAGUCCGUGGAACGAAGAGAGAUUUUACCCAUGAAACAUCCUCAGAGGAGGUUUGUGUUGUUAUGCCUGGCAUAGUUGCUCGUUUUGAUGGCUCGGAUAUUCAGAAUAUGCUGCUCCAGUGGUUUGAAGAUACACAGUCUCAGUUCUGGGAUCAAACACUCAAAAAGCGAGGCUCAGAUGAUUUUGAACAUUCCUAUGGUAAAUUACCUUACCAGUUAUGGAGUGUCAGCAAGUAUGGUACUUGUGCUGAUGCAGCCAUUACUGGCAUUAUGCCUCCGCCACUGAUGGAAAUCCAGUCAACUGAACAUUAUUUAUGUGGAAUCACUGUUGGAGAGGAUGCAGUGAUUUCGGCCUUCAGACUAUCGGAAGACAAUAAUAGGUCUUUGGUGGGGGCAAUCUUGUCUAAAGUUGUGCCUGCAACAUUUUCAACAAUAGCUUCAUUAUCAAAAAUGAUUUGGGGGAGCGAUCAGACUUCAUCUAAAAAAUCAGAGGAGAAACCUCAACCAUUUGCACAAGCUUCUCCAUUGACAUGUUUGAAGGAUUUCCCAAGAAAGGGUGAGAAGCUUACCUUAUCACCUAGUGGCACAUUGACUGCGAUUACAGAUUCACUUGGUCGUAUAUUGCUUUUAGAUACUCAAGCACUUGUGAUAGUGCGGCUUUGGAAGGGAUAUCGGGAUGCUAGUUGCCUAUUCAUGGAGAUGCUGGUCAAAAAAGAUACUGCAGCUUCAAAUUCAAGUCACUAUGAACCCACGAAGAGUGAUUACUGCCUGUGUUUGGUUAUUCAUGCCCCUCGAAAAGGAAUUAUUGAGGUAGUUUCUUUUACCGUUUCCUUUAAGGAACUCUCUCCUUUUUCGGACAUGCAAGCAAUCAAAGAUCUUUUUCAUUCUCUUAGUUGCAUUUUUUGUAGUUUAUAUAUUUACAAUAAUGAGACUGCAAAAUUAAAAUAGCAUAGACUCCAUUUCCUCUUAUCUUCAAAGAAACUAUCCAUACCUGGCAUUCUUUAGUACAUUGUUACUUAUUUCAAAAAAACAGAACGCAAAGGUA